CGAAUACCUUCGUGACUAAUUUUAAUUUGACUUAACCUAUAAAAAUACAAUAAAUGAUUUUUUUCGAAUAAAACCAUAUGUAAUUCAAUAAUGUCGCAGCCAAACGAACGAAUUAUUCCAAUAAAAAUCGAGGGAAGAGAAAACACAACAGAUUUAGAUAAUCUAGAAGAGGCUAGCUCAUUAUCACCAAAUAUAGAAAUUGCAAGUAUUUCCCAUAAUGAAAACAACAACAGUCAGGUGGAAAAAUCAAAAUUCACGGACAUUUUCAAUAAAAAAAAUAUCAACGAUAUUAAAGAGUUUAAACCAAAGAUGUCAUAUUCCCAAAUAACAAAAAAAUGUGAUAAUGAAACACUUAAAAGGAAUUCAAACGAAAAUAAUUUAAGACUUCUAAGAGAAGAUGCAAUAACAAAGUAUAAUAUUAAAACUCUAUCUCAAGUUUUGAUUAAAGAGGAUGAACACUUUAAGAAAUACAUGCACUUUAAGGGACAAUUUAAAAAUGAAAUUGAAAUUCUAAGCUCAUUUGACAAGCCCUAUGUUUGGGAAAAAGUAGUUUUUAUUAUUGACUGUGGUGAGGAUGAAAACGUAACUCCUUUCAACAUAAACAACAGAAACCUAAGUGCCUUGGAGGCAAUAAAACUAAGAAUUUGCAUGUAUGUCAAUCAAAAAAAAAAUUUAAGCCAGGAGAGGUUACAUGAAUUUGGCAUUAUUGUGAUGACCACACAUUCUGCCUUUUGGUAUUUAAACUUCACAAAGAACACUGAUUUGGUUAAAAACAAAAUUUGGGAUUUGGAAAGCUUUCCAGUUGAGGACAUUUUUAAUUUUGACAGUGUUUUUGAACUUUUACAAGAGAUCCCUCAGCCCAAUCAUCAUGAAAGUCCUAACAAUGAUACACCUAUUUACAUAUUGCACCCGAUAAUAUUUUAUAACCGAUCCUAUACAAUUCCCAUGUUUGAUAAUUGUCACAAGGGUUAUCUGGAAAAUAGUCAUAUUGCGUUGGAUAUCAUAAUGUCCCAUGAAAAUAAGGGGACAGAUAAUAGAGUUGACGAUAUUUGUCAAGUAUUCAAAUUGAUGCAAAAAAUUAACAAGCAGAAUAUUUUUGUUCCUAUUGGUAGAAGUUAUAAAAAGUUUGUUAGCGCUUCUUAUUCAAUAUUAGGGCAUCCAAUGAAAAGGGGCUUGCAAGUUAUCAAAGAUUAACUUGUUAUAUUUUAUUCAAUGAAAAGGGGCUUGCAAGUUAUCAAAGAUUAACUUGUUAUAUUUU